AACGGAGAGGGAGAUACUCGAGGUGGUGUGGUGUCGGAGUUUUUGAAUUGAAUCUCAAGCUGGCGGAGCGGAUGGGAAAACUGACCAAACAAGACAAACUUCUAGGAACUACAACAUUACAUAUCCAUCCACGUCAUUGUUCUGGUUUCUUUUCAUAUCUUACUGAAACUCGAUACUCGGGGGGGGUUUUUGGAGGCUAUUUUCUGAAGAUUACACUACAAAAGUCUCGGCCAGAUGGCCUCCGCAAGGCUCCGCAAAGCUUUCCGUUAUCCAGAUGAUUCGGGCGACGAUACUGUGCGCGAGGAACUAGAUGAAGAGGAGCAAGAACGGGUCAUAAGACACUUGCAAAUUCAAAAUGAGAAACGAAACUCCGAAUACACUAUCAUAUUCGCCACGAUCCCGCUUCUAUCAAGUAUCAUAUUCAUCCCUUCAUUGCUCUCUUCAGCAUCCGUAGGAGUUUUUGUGCGGUUUCUGUUACUUCUCAGCAUUGGGUCGUUACUGGCUACCGCCUACACGAUGAAGUAUAUCCCGCCGCAGCGCCCAGAUCCAAAAGGUAAACGACCUAUGCGGAAUCCCGAUCUUAUGACGCAUGUCCGGACAUACGCAGUUCCUGUUAAUACUGCGGUCUGUGUGUUGCUGGCUCUGGUUUAUCUCUUUUCAUCAAACACUGGGCUGUCUAGCAUUCAGCCUGUGGCGUACUUAGUUCCGCCCACUCUUUUGGCGACUAUAUUGGUUGUACGCCAGGUAAUGGUGUCUGUUGAUCUCAAAACUCUCGAGGAUCUUCGAUACGAUUAUAAGGGGGCUUAAAAUCUGCAAUAUUUUCAUGGAUUCAUUUCAUUGUCUUGUUAAUACACACACCAGGGUGACGGUGUGUAAUUAUGACUUAUAACUAUUCCUAGUUAAAAUUGAUCAAAACGUUAUCGUUGGCUCCCGCCUCGACUCAAC